AUGAAGGCGCGCGCUCCACUUGCGAGAUGUGCGGGGAGCAUCUUCCAUGGCGGUGCACGGCAUGCGGGCUGCACAACAAGAUUCUGGAUGUCGCUUGCGCAUCCUGCCGCAGAUCGCGCCAACGCAGCGCCCAAGAUGGUAGUUCAAGAGACGGAAUGCGUCAGGACCAGCCGUCGGACCACCACUGCGAGGACGACCGCGCCACCUGGAGGUGCCCCGCCUGCACGCUUCAGAACGCAGAGGCGCGCACUUCGUGCGAGGUCUGCAGCCGCCCCCGCACACUGCCGCCAGCCGCGGCCGACCUAG